AUGUCUCUAAGAAAAUGGAAGAAAAUCCAGUUGCUAGAUCUGGCCGACAAACUAGACUUGUACGUGGCGCAAUCGUCGACCAAGGCCAAAAUCGCAGAUGCCAUUGACGCACAUUUGAAGGAAUUAGAUCAACCUUUAGAUCUGGCAGAGUAUCCAGAACUGGCCACCUAUUACCAGGAAUCAGCAGCCAAUAGUGACGACGAAGUGGGCAGUGAUCCCAGCGAAGAUGCAGACGGCUUGAAAGACCGUCUAAAGACCAAAGUCCAGGACGCAGCAGAAGCAGUCGCCGAAGUCGUAAGCAACGCGGUCACCACGAUCACUACGCCCACGGAAACGAAAUCCGAAGACACCGAAGACGAAGACCAGGACGAUCUGGUGUUGCCACACGGAACACCACUGCAAAAUUGGUUCUCGCAAUUGGAUUUCCAACGCAUCACGCCCUCACAAGGCUCGUUCGCGUUCAAAUUCAACGAGUUCAUGCACGACGUCCAAAACAAGACUAUGGAAGCCAACGGCAGCGUCCAGGACGUACUGUCCACAAUUCCGGCCGUGGACGCGCUGUUUUUCGCAGUGGAAGCGUACGUUUACGUGGUUCGCAACCAUCUGGAGCUCACUGCAGACAAACCGUUUGUCACUGUGACCUCGACGUGGCAAGAAAUCGCGGCUUUGACGUCUUUCUGGUCCGUAUGGUCGCUAAUCCUGCCGGCUUUCAUUUCUUACUACAUCAAUUUCAUCCGUUACGACCUGCCGGACGUGUUACUGGAUCCCAUGGUGUUCCACGUGGCAAAAGCGCUAUUGGCAUUGUUACUGACGCAAUGGCAACCGUCGUUUGCAGACGAGGCCACUUACGCGGUGAAAGACGUGGCUGGAUCUGUGUCCAUGCUUGAAGUGACAGCACAUUGGUUCCGUUUUGCGUUGACGGAAUGGAAACUACAAUUGGGGCUAUUGCCAUUUAUCUUGGCAUUUGCCGGAUCCGCUUUGUGUUUGUACGUUUUGUAA